CCACUCGCAUAACAAUUUGUCUCGCAAGUGGAGACUUCGUACCCCAGAAAAAAGUGUAAAAAAAAUUUCUAAUCCCCGAUUAAUUUUAAAAAAAAGCCCCAAGUGACCAGUGAAGUGACUUAUGUAGAGAAAAAAAAUGUAACAUGGCGAUGGUUGCGUCAAACAUGAGUGGCCACAUACAGAAGCAACUCACCAGGAGUCUGGAGAGAAUCCUGGAGGAGGCACACCUCAGCGGUGAGCUCCGACUGAGCGGUCGUAAGCUCAAGGAUUUUCCCAAAGUGGGAAAGACCGGCGGAACAAAAUACAAUCUCUCCGAUACAAUAAUCGCAGAUUUAUCGAAAAACCGCUUUGGUGAGCUGCCUGAGGAGGUCACGGAGUUUCCAUUUCUAGAGAAACUUCAUCUGUACCACAAUGCUAUACGGGUCAUACCAGAGACUGUUGUUAUGCUGCAGUCAUUGAGCUAUCUCGAUCUCAGUCGGAAUCAGCUGACGUCAUUGCCCCGGGAGGUAUGCAGACUCCCUCUGCAAACACUCCUGGUUGCUCACAAUCGUCUGGUAUCACUGCCAGAUGAGCUUGGGCGAAUGACAGCACUCGCUGAGUUGGAUGCCGGUUGCAAUGAGAUUGCUAGUCUACCACCCAGAAUCGGGGAUUUACCGAGGCUCAGAUGGCUGGAUCUUAGGAAUAAUAUGCUGGUACAUCUGCCUAUUGAAUUGACGUACCUGAGACUUGUGAAACUGGAUAUAAGUGGUAAUCGCAUAUCAGUCCUCCCAAAUGAAUUAAGAAAGAUGAAGAGCCUGGUGGACCUGCGACUAGCCGAUAAUCCUCUCACCUCGCCACCUGCCUCGCUGUGUAUUCGCGGGCGAACACACAUAUUCAAAUAUUUAGAGAGACAGGCGGCGAAACACGAGAGGGCAAGAUCGGGAAGAGUGAGGCGAAGUCCACUGGAGGCAAGAGGACACGCCACCCUGGACACACGAUCCCACAGGCGUCACAAUGUCGAUAGUGGUUACAGCACAAGUGAUGGGGUUGAUAAGCGCUGGUCGCAAGAAAUUCACAGUGGGGUGAAUGAAACUGACUCGAGAAGUGGAUGGCGACAAGAGUGCUCACCACUCUCGAUUACCUUGCCUCAUGACGUCAGUGUCAAUGGAUCGUUCAGUGGUACAUCGACACCCAGCACUAUAUCUCCGGGGGAACGUACCUCCCUCGAAGAUGAAUUGGGAAAAGCUAUGAUACUUCACGAUCAGCUGCAGAAGAGGCGAUUAGAGCGUAGCGCCUCGGAAAAUGGGACUGAUAACAAAAGACCAAUGGCUCCUGCACUUCACAACAACUCUAUCACACCACCAGGAAAUUUGGAGUCAAGUGGACUUUUAAAUCAGUCUCCGUCACUGGGCUCGUCGCUCCAGUCGAGUCACGGUGUGACAGCUUCUCCAAUAAUGAAUGGAGAGGAGAAGAGGCCCUUGAACCACACUCAAACGUACAGAGAGUACAAGGAGGCACUGAGACAGCAGAGAGCCAACGAGGGGUCGAGUGUCUACAGACCAAAGGAGCAAAUAACUCCACCAGGCAACGAAUCACAGGGCAACGAACCAGACAUGAACACGAGCGAGGGAAUGCUGGGAAAUAAGCAAAUAUUUAAUGACGAGAAUGGCACCAAGAGGCCUGUACAAAAAGUCACACCCUCGCGAAUUCAAAAUUACAAUAAUUCAGCGAUUAUCAAUGGUAGUAAUCUCGAGUACAACGGGAAGAAUGGAAAGUACCUGGAGCAACCGUACAAGAAGCCAAAUUCCCCAGUCAAAGGCUCGAGUGGGAUUUUGUCCACGAAUUCAAGUCCAGCACAUGCCACGAGACUCGUUAAAACUGCUGUUGGAUACGUUGAGGACAGUAAUAAGAGCCCCAACAGGAAUAAUUUGAGCCCAAAGUCACCCAGAACUGUCACUUGGAACAGCAAUAUGCCUGAGAAGUAUUCGUUCACUAUGAGGAGGGAGUUUGAGAGGGCUAAGGAGGAGGCUGAUUUGAUUGAGCAAUUGAGAACUAACAUCGAAACGAGAUUGAAGAUGGCUUUACCCGAGGACUUGGCACCAGCUCUGACAGAUGGUGUUGUCCUCUGUCACCUUGCCAAUCACGUCAGGCCCCGUUCAGUUGGAAGUAUUCACGUUCCAUCACCUGCAGUUCCAAAACUCACAAUGGCCAGAUGCAGACGCAACGUCGACAACUUCCUCGAGGCCUGUCGAAAAAUAGGUGUUGACGAGGAGGUGUUAAUGGAUGCGGAUGCAAUCAUGGACGUGGGUUACAUGAACGCGUGCGGGCUCCAGGCUCUGGCGUGUCUCGUGUCAACUCUUCUUCCAUUGCGACGCGGUGAAGAGGCUAACGAAGAGCCAGUCCCAGGUUCACACCGUACGAUACAGGAGCGCGUCCUAACCGCGAUGCUUUUAGCUGUAUUUUUAUCAACAUUGGCUCUGCUCUAUAUCUUCCCAGUGCCUGAUUAGAUUAUACCAGGCGAUUCUAUGCGAUUUUAUCAGAGCCAAAUUCAUGAUCAUCAAAUUUCAUCAAAAUCCAUCUAAUGAUUCUUCGAUUGUGAGAAUUAUUUUGAACACUUUUGAGGCACCUCUUGGUGGAAGAAAAUUUUAUUUUUGUUAAGUAGUGCAGCUUUAGUUAUUUAGUUGACUCAUUAUGGAGAAAAUCAAGUUUCUAGAGCGAGAAAUACUGAAUAAGAGAAUUUUUUAUAAUAGAGAUAAAAGUUUCGAUUGAAUUAAGAAAAAUAAGAAUUGAGAACUUAUCACUUCGUUCAUAAUGAAAUGAAUGCCUUCCAGAAGCACGAGUUAUUUUUUAUUGAAUGGAAUCCCUUGUUUUUCUGAAACUAGAAGCUUCUUUUCUCUGUAAUUAAUGCACCAUUUGGCUUACGAUGGCCUACGAAAGUGUUUCAUACGCAAUAACUAUCGAAUUUCUUGAAAAGGUGCUUAAACAACAAGGCUGUUACUUUAGGUUGUUCAUUAUCAUCAGAAAGUUAAUUGUACUUGAAUUUUGAGGCAUUUACCCUAGUGCUGCAACUGCGGUUGUGCAUUUAUUUGUUUAAUUUUUAAUGAGAAACAGCAUUCGCUAGAUUUAGGGUUAUUAGUGGGAAUAUCGUAGGUGUUUUUUCAUCAUGAUUGAUAGUGUAAAAUUUUUUAUACGAUCUAAUCAAAAUUAAGCGAUUAAUCACAAGAAUGAAAUAACUGCAUUGCAUUUAUUACUCGAUGCAGAUCAAAAUGAUGAAUGAUAAAUUGUAUGAGGGGCAUAUCACCUAUAUAUAUUCGACAAGGAGAUGUCUUGAAAAUUAUAUAUUUUUUGCUAAUUAAUAAUCGUAAUCAAAACGGCAGGUACCACUGUAGGAAAUGAAAAUUAUUUCAAGAAUUUUCAGUUAUUUCGUUGACAAUAAUUCUCGGUGCAGUGCAUUGGGCGUUAAAUCAAGCGAAUUGUGAGUGACUCAUGCUCGCAGCUGUGUUUAGUCUACAAAGUUAGUUUUCCAUUAAAUUUUUUUCAUUGGUAAUUGGAUGAGCGACGACGGAAGAUCUCGCUGUUUGAUCAUUGGAUAAUAUUUAUUUCAUAUGAAAGCUUCUCAAUGAUAAAGGUAUAUAUGCAUGGAGCUAAAGGGGAGUUUGGGAGUCUCUCGUAUAUUUAAUUAUCUUUCUUUAUGAGGCUUCAGUAAUUAACGGUUGAAUUACACUCGGAUUUAUGAUGUUGCAGCAUGCGAUUGUACUUCAUAACGGGAAGUCCAGUAAUUUAUGCAUUUUUUUUCUUCAUUUUUUCGCCUUUUCUUUCACAUUUUGUGUUACGUAUUUAUGCAAUUUCCGUCUCUAGUCCCUAAUUUAUUCCUCUAGUCAGUUUUUUUCAACAAAAUUAUUCAGUAUCAGAACUAUUUAUCACGAUUUUUUGAUUAUACAUUGAAUUCUUAAUCUCAUGAAGUGAAAAAUGUACUUAAAUUGUUCAUGGGAGCACAAUGACAGUAUUACAAUUGGCAGAUUUUGUGUCAAACACUGUACAAGCCGAUCUGAAAGACUGCUUUUGUUUUUUUUUUUUCGUUUCUCAACGAACCCCACAAAUUAAUUUGAUAAGCAAUUUGUACUUAAUGAGGAGGAAAGAUCAUUCCUUGGUUUACUUAGGUGAUAAUUAUGAUGUACUGCGCAAAAGUCGAAUGUAAUUCGCGAUUAACAUUCGUACGUGCGUCGAGAUUAUCACGAGGUUUUCCCUUUUUAGCAUUAAUUUUCUUUGUGUAUUUAUUCUCUCCCAAAGUUUUAUCGUAUUUAUAUUGAUAUUGCGUCUGCGGUUGCCAGUAUCUCGAUUCAUUUCUUUUUUGAGGGCUCAGCAUUACAUUGUAACGUUCAU